AUGUCAAAAACCAAUGAGAAGACAGAUAAUUACCCGACAUUGAGUCGGCCCUUCGAGUCCAUGAAAACAGAGUACGAUGUUAUAGUCAUUGGAUCUGGGUAUGGAGCUGGCGUAGCAGCUAGUCGAAUGGCUCGAGCUGGAAAAAGUGUGGCCGUGCUGGAGCUAGGUUGGGAAAGACGAUCUGGGUCAUUCCCACAUACAUUCACACAAUGCCUUGGAGAUAUGAACGUCUCAGGAAUCUCCGCUAAUAAUGGCUUCAUCACGAACUGGCUGUCACCACGAGACCCCACUCGACUAUUCCAGUUGACUCUUGGAAAUGGACAACAUGCCUUUUCUGCUCAUGCACUUGGAGGAUCCUCCUUGAUCAAUGCAGGUGUUUUCUUAAGAGCAGACAGACAGGCAUUAGAAAUGAGUCCCUGGCCAUCUGAGAUCAGAAAAGUGCCACAUGAACUUGAAGAAUACUAUUCUCGUGCGGAAACAAUGCUCCAACCUUCUGUAUACCCUGAAAACUUUCCGACACUGAGCAAGUCCGAACAUUUCAGAGAGCAGUCAAAGUCCAUGGGAAAGACAAACAAAUUCCGUCGAGCACCGCUCACCACAUUUUUUCACCGCAGUCGCAACAAUGCAGCUGUGCAAAUGGAGGCAAAUAGCCUGACCGGCCAUGAGUGCACCGGUCUGAACGAUGGCUCCAAAAACUCCGUCGCUACGACUUAUCUCGCAGAUGCAUGGAACUGGGGUGCCGAGAUAUUCUGUGGCUGUGAGGUUCAGUAUGUUGAGAAGGCUGAAGAGGGAGGGUACAUUGUUUACUUCUCCUGGCACGGAAAUGGGAGGGCAGUUUUCAGUGAGCAUUUCAAGGAGCAGCUGUUCUGGGUCAAAUCUUUUUGCUUCCUGGGAGCAGGCUCUUUGGGAACAACAGCCAUCUUGCUCCGGUCAAAGCGCCGCGGCUUAAAAAUGUCCCCGUUGGUUGGCCGAAAUCUAUCUGGAAAUGGGGAUCUGUUGAUAUUCGGAUACAACGAGAGAACCGACGUCAAUGGAAUCGCUCGGAAAUCUGCAGACCCUGCCCUCCGACCCGGGCCAACGAUUACUGCUGUGAUCGAUAAUCGGGAGACUGACUCCGCCAGUAGUCGCCUGUCUGGAUAUGUUUUCCAAGACGGGUGUAUCCCGGAAGCUUUUAAUCCAGUCAUCCAAUCCAUGCUUAUCUUGCAGACCAUAAAGAGUCAAGUCUUGUCAAUUCUCUGGGACACCAGAAACGAGAAAGGAAAGCUCAUUGCCGCGCUGAAGUCUCUCAUUCUAGGACCUUACGCUCUUGGAGGGGCUCUCCAGCGAACAUCAACAUAUCUAGUGAUGUCUCACGAUAGUAAUGAGAUGACAAUAACUCUCAAAAACGACCAGCCAUGUUUGUCAGCGCCAAAGGAAGGACGAUCUGAGCAUUUCAAAAGAAUAAAAGGGCUGUUCAACGACCUGUUCAAUCUCACGGGAACAAAAAUGGGGGUUUCAUACUUUUAUGGUCGCCACGAAGAGGAAGUCACUGUGCAUUUACUAGGAGGGGCUAACAUGAGCUGUGACGGUACAGGACAAGGCGGUGCUACAAAUCAUUUAGGAGAGGUCUUUACUGGCCAUGACAGCGAGGUACACGAUGGCCUUGUAUGCUGUGAUUCAUCCGUCAUCCCAACGGCACUGGGCGUGAAUCCUCUGGCGACAAUCACUGCUCUAUCGGAGCGAUCUGUGAGCUUAAUCGCAAAGAAAGCUGGGUUAUCGAUUGAUAUCGAGACCAAGAAUGACCCUCUGGACAUAAACAGUAGACCCAAAGUGUCGGGAGUCAAUCGUGAUCCUUCAAAGGGCUUCAAAAGACCAUCCAGCUCCAUAGGUUGGCAGUUCACCGAAGCUUUGUCUGGACACGUAUAUAUGGGUCCAGAUGUCAAAGAUCAUCAUCUCUCGGCAAAUAUGGGAAAAAGAUCAUCCUGCUCCAUGCAGAUGCUCCUGACAGUUGAGAUAUGUAAACAAAUUGGGAGUGGCUAUCAAGGUAUCUGCACAGGGACGGUCUCCUGUCAUGCCCUUUCCAAGUCUACACUCAAAGUCGGCCGGGGUACAUUAGAAUUCUUCACAACUGUGGAAGAAAGCGCAGAAGCGUUGGCGAUUGUAUAUCUUUUGGAGCUCAUCUCAGUGGAGGGCACGACAUACCAUGUCGAAGGACGCAAAUUCAUCAAUUCAGACAUGGCGUUCUCUAUAAGGAGAACAUGGCAAGCCACGACAACUGUCCAUGUGAGUAUCAGUCGACCAGAUGGAACACAUGUUGGGUCCGGAACAGUUCACAUCUCGCUGUCGGACUUUAAACGACAAGUCCAAACCUUCCGGAUCACACAGAACUUUCACUUUGGACUCAUUUUGGCCUUGAUCGCUUUUUUGCUCUCUUUUCUUUACUACAUCGCUGUCUAUUUCCUCCGACCUUUUGGACCUGUGCAAUAUCCUCGAGCCCCAGCUCAACACAAAAGAGAUGACAAGCAGUCGAGUUCAGCCUCAUACCAGAUACAAGCCUCUGACGGCGUCUGCGUACGCCUUGAUGUGUAUGAGCCGUCUUCGAGACCUGAAUCGGCCGAAAGCCAAGCGAAUCGUCCGCCAAUUUUGCUCUUGCCUGGCGUCACAGGCAUCGACGCGAGGUACAAUUUAUUCGCAUUGCCUUUCCUCCGCUGCAACGUGGUCCAGUACUUCACCGACCGUGGACAUCGCUGUUACGCAUUGACGCCUCGCUGGGGCUGCGAGGCCACAGUCGCCCAGAGAUCCACUGUCUUUGACUGCCGCCUGGAUGUCGCAGCAGCGUUGGAUACAAUCAAGGACAAGGAGCCACGGAAGCCCUAUGUGAUAGCCCAUUGCCAAGGAUCGGUAGCUCUGUGCAUGGGAAUUCUGGAUGGGACUAUCGACAGCAGUCAAAUUCUUGGAGUCACUGCCAAUUCCGUCUUCAUGAAUCAAGUCUUUGGGUACUGGAAUUCGCUCAAAGGAAGAACUACUUUGUUGAUCCAACUCUACGAGCUUCUGGCGGGUGAUUACUUUCCAAUCUCCAGUAGUCGCCUCAGUCCCAUUUUCCAAAGACUGCUCGAUUUUUUGUUGUGCAUUUAUCCUGUCGGACACCCCCGGGACGUUUGUACCUCGACGGCAUGCCGUCGGACCUCGUUCGUGUUCGGCCUACUAUGGAAUCACCAGAACUUAGACCUGAAGCUCCAUGAGAAUGUUCACCAAUUCUUUGCAGGAACUCACACACGACUCAUGAAGCAAGUUGUGAACAUGGGAACUAAGGGAAUCUGUUUGAGCAAUGAUGGACAUGGUCUUCUCACGAAGCAGAAUUUGGAGCGGCUUCAAGGCCUUCCUAUCCUUUUCAUCUCGGGCACAGAUAACCAAGUGUUUGACCCUGAGUCUACACUCAAGGACUAUGAGCUCUUACGACGGCGUUUCGGGGAGCAAUACUACCGUCGAUUUUUGGCCGAGGGAUAUGGACAUCUUGAUCCUAUUGUGGGUAAAGAGGCUGCCACGGAUGUCUAUUGGAGAAUGUUGGCGCAUUUGCGGUGGUGUGUUGGAAAUGAGGGAACUGAGUAA